AUGGCAGUCAGUGGCCUGUGGCGAACCCCGGUGGAGGUGGUGUGCGUGGCAGACCCCUCGAGGGUCCCAGCCCCUGGUGGGUGCUCCCUGAAGGCUGAGGUCCUUUUAAGUAGUACCCUUCUCAGUAGGACCAACAAGACGCACAAGGUGUACCAGAAGACUUACAUUAGAGCCACCCUGAGACUGGAACCUGCAGACAUGCCAGCACCUGGUGGGCCUUUCGCUUUCUCUUGGCUCUGCAAAUCUCACUCUUGUUUCUGCCCCACAGGAAAUGCCACCCCAGUGACCACCCCGCUCUCUCAGGCAGUCCCGGGACUGUCUGCUGGGCUCUGCAACGCGUCUUUCGAGGAGAGCAGAGUGGUCCUGGUGGUGGUGUACAGCGCGGUGUGUGUGCUGGGCCUGCCGGCCAACUGCCUGACCGCGUGGCUGACACUACUGCAGGCUCUGCAGGGCAACGUGCUGGCCAUCUACCUCUUCUGCCUGGCGCUCUGUGAGCUGCUCUACCUGAGCACACUGCCGCUCUGGGUCAUCUACAUCCAGAAUGGGCACCGCUGGACACUGGGCCCCCGGGCCUGCAAGGUGACCGCCUACAUCUUCUUCUGCAACAUCUACAUCAGCAUCCUCUUACUGUGCUGCAUCUCCUGUGACCGCUUCCUGGCAGUGGUGUAUGCACUGGAGAGCCGUGGCCGGCGCCUCCAGAAGACUGCCGUCUUCAUUUCGGUGUGUGUCUUUGUCCUCGUGGGGCUUGUUUACUACCCGGUGUUUGACAUGGAAAUACAGGAGGAGAGCUGCUUCGAGCCCAUGCGGAUGAAUGAAAAGAUCGCGGGCUACCACUAUGCGCGGUUUGCAGUGGGGUUCGCCAUCCCUCUCUGCACCAUAGCGUUCACUAACCACCGGAUCUUCAGGAGCAUCAAGCUGAGCAUGGGCCUGACCGCUGCUCAGAAGGCCAAGGUGAAGCACUCAGCCAUAGCAGUGGUGGUCAUCUUCCUGGUCUGCUUCGCCCCCUACCAUGUGGUUCUUCUCAUCAAAGCGGCCACCUUCUCCUACUACAGAGGAGACAAGGUUGCGGUGUGUGCCUUUGAAGCCAGCCUGUACACGGUGUCCAUGGUGUUCCUCUGCCUGUCCACGGUCAACAGCGUGGCUGACCCCAUCAUCUACGUGCUGGCCACAGACCAUUCUCGGCAAGAAGUGUCCAGAAUCCAGAAGGGGUGGAAGAAGUGGUCUGCAAAGACAGAAGUCACCAAGCUCACGCAUUCCAAGGACUCAGAGGAGAUGCACUUCCCCAUGGCGCUCGCAGACGACUGUGCGCUCCCCCUGCCUGUGAACCCUCCCGGGCUGCAGCCAGCUAAGUGGGGCUCAGCGCACACCCCGGAGAGGCUGGUUGAGGAGACCUGCUGAGACCAUUGUACUGCAGGGGAGGACCACAGGUGUGGGAAGCCAGGGCCAGAAACGUGGUCACACUGCCCAUCAGCCACAGUGUCCAUGUGCUGGAGCCACUCGUUCGGUGAGCCUCUGCCCCCUAGGGUCUCCUGACUGGAAGGUGGCAGUGUGUAAGUGGGUGAUGCUCCCAGGCUGUCAGGAGCCAGAGAGCCAGAGGGCAUGGGAAUGGGCAGUUGGAGACGCCAGCUUGUUCUGCGGGUUCCCUCAGCCAUUAGCCAACGCAGGGCUGCAGCAGAGCUCUGGACGACAGCUUCAUGAGUGUGCUUUGCCGCAGGCAUUGCUGGGUGACUGCUGCAGUGUGUCAGGGGGCUUUCCAUGCUUCUGCUUCACAGGUCGAUACAAGCCAUAACGAGGGGCACCCUGCACCGUCACAGUGCCUGGACACUGGCACAGCCCAGCAGCAGCAAGAGGCAGGAGCCCAGCCCUGAGGACACUUGUCUGGGCUUGGUUCUGAGUUGAGCAAACACAUGCUACCAGGGGUCACCUAAGGGAGUCAGAAGCCAGGGUGGCCAGUUGCUGGUGCCCAGUAGGGUAGUCCAUGUGUUUUCCACAGGGAGCCCCAGACACUCAUGCUGGGAAGGCCAAUCAGUCAGAAAUGCUGGUAGAUACCCCAGGAAGGCUGAGAUACAGCUGCCACAGAACAAGAGGAUGCUUGGAGUUCCUUCACACUGAGACUUCCUGACUUCAUUGUCACAGGGGAGGGGGUCGGGAGCUGGGACAGAGCAAGCAGAUAACUGCCUAGCGCCUCACCAGGUUGGAGUACAGGAGGAAACUCACACCGACUCGGAUCCCAGCUCUGCCAGGCCAUGCUGAUGAUUCAGUUUCCCCAUCUGGAUACUGGGAACAAUGACACCUAUCUCACUGGGUCACUGUUGGGGCUGACCCUCCCACCUGCCUGAUAUCCUAGCCUCAGCAAGAGUCUCAGCAGGAGACUGAGCCGAGCAGGUGGAGCUGCCUGGACAUAGGGCCGGCACCAGGGGCACGCUCAAGUUUCCUUCCCGGGGAACUGCACAGAGCCCCUGUGUUGAGUCAGGUUCUCAUUUCUGUA